UGAAUCAAAAUAAAAACACUCGAUCUUGUGUUGAUAACAGAUUUUGCUUCAUUUAAUUUUUAUCAGUAGAAUUAGUUCAACAAAUUUCAGAUAAUUCAUUCCAAAAAUGCUGCAACCCAAAGUGCUGACCUCGGUCCUUGGCCAGGCGAACACCGGAGGAGUGGAGAAUACCAUCUUGCUCACACACGAAGGCGCUCUGUUGGCCUUCUCCGGCUACGGCGACCGGGAUGCCACGAUAACGGCCGCCAUCGCCAGCAACGUGUGGUCCGCGUACGAGAAAAAUGGACGCAACGCCUUCCGGGAGGACCGGCUCAAGUACGUGUUCCUGCAGUGCGAAAACGGCAACGUAAUAAUCACACAGGUGGCCAAUCUGCUGCUGUGCCUUUACGCGAGGGACAACGUUGGGCUGGGUAUUUUGCAGCAGAAGGCGCAAGCGCUGGCAAACUAUCUGGAAGGACCGCUGAAGGAGAUUGCUACGUCUUAGAGGGAAUCGCAAUCGGAGUUGGUAGGUAUGUGCAUGGGGGGAAUGGGGAUAAAUUAAAUACACAGAUUGAUUUAUUUGUUGUACGCUGA